ACACCCACACUCCCCAGACCCUACACUCAACAACACUCUCGCAAAAACCCUUUCCCUUUUCCUUUUCUUCCCUCUCAUGGCUUGUCGGCCAAUCAAACCCUGAAGUGAACACCCUUUAAAGUGUUCUUCCGUUCGUCGGAGUGAAAGAGUCGCCGAAAUCCUACUUUUACAUUUUCCGACGACUCGAAUUUUUGUUGUUGUUGUUGUUGUUGUUAAUUUAUUUAGUGGCUUUUUGGAAUUGGUGGAGUAUCGUCUUCUUUACUUUAUAUGAUUUCUUGUUUCUCGAGCGCAUUUACAUUUUCAGUGUGUGUUGGAACGUAUUAGUGAAGAUCUCGAGUUCAGAUUUGAGAAAAGGAAAAGACAGAGAGAAAAGAUGUAUGUGGUCCCUCCUCCGAAGCGCUCCGAUCCUCUGUCUGGAUCCACAAACGGGCAGGAUAACUUGAGAAUUUACCAGACAUGGAAAGGCAGCAAUAUAUUUUUCCUUCAAGGAAGAUUUGUAUUUGGACCUGAUGUAAGAUCACUGGUGCUGACCAUAUUCCUUGUGGUAGCUCCUGUUUCAGUUUUCUGUGUCUUUGUUGCAAGAAAACUGAUGAAUGAAUUUGAAGAACACUGGGGGAUAUCAGUUAUGGUUGUAGCCAUUUUAUUCACAAUCCAUGUUUUAGUACUUCUCCUUCUAACCUCUGGGAGAGACCCUGGUAUUAUUCCAAGAAAUGCACAUCCUCCAGAACCAGAAGGGUUUGAUGGAAAUGCUGAAGGUAGUAAUCAAACCCCACAAUUAAGGCUUCCACGUAUUAAAGAAGUUGAAGUUAAUGGUGUCACUGUGAAGAUCAAAUAUUGUGAUACUUGCAUGCUUUAUAGACCUCCUCGAUGCUCACACUGUUCUAUCUGUAAUAAUUGUGUUGAAAGAUUUGAUCACCAUUGCCCUUGGGUUGGACAGUGUAUAGGCCUGAGAAACUAUCGAUUCUUCUUCAUGUUUGUGUUCUCCACAACACUACUUUGCAUAUAUGUGUUCAGCUUCUGCUGGAUCUACAUUAAGAGAAUCAUGGAUUCAGAAGACAUAACAUUAUGGAAAGCAAUGAUCAAAACCCCUGCAUCCAUUGUCUUAAUCGUCUACACUUUCAUAUCAGUCUGGUUCGUUGGUGGCCUUACUGCCUUCCAUUUAUAUCUCAUCAGCACAAAUCAGACAACAUACGAGAACUUCAGAUAUCGGUAUGACAGGAGAGCAAAUCCCUACAACAAAGGAGUCUUGGAAAAUUUUGGAGAAAUCUUUUGCACAAGCAUCCCUGAUUCCAAGAACAAAUUCCGUGCAUACGUCCCAAAAGAACCCGGUCUCGGUGGCCGAUCGGUUGGCGGCGGUUUUGUGUCCCCCAACAUGGGGAAGGCGGUGGAGGACAUUGAAAUGGGGCGGAAGGCGGUGUGGGGUGAUGGUGGUGCCGGAGUGGAUAGCCAACUUAGUGACAAUGAAGGCUUGAAUAUUAAAGAUGGUGGAAUCGGAGAAAUGUCGCCGGAGAUAAGAACACAAGUUGAUGAGGGCGAUCGUGCGAAUAUUAUACACGCAAGGCGGUCGAGUUGGGGGAGGAAGAGUGGGAGCUGGGAAAUGUCGCCGGAAGUUCUUGCGUUGGCGGCAAGAGUCGGAGGCGGUGGCGGCGGCAGUACUAGCGGUCCGGCGGCGGUGAAGUUGUGAGUGGUAGGUUGGUUGAUUAGUAGUGCUUGGUGGUAGAUAGGAUUUGGUGGUGAUGUUUGGGUUGACACGGUGGUUUUAUUGGUGUGGUUUUGUGAGUUGCGGGAUGGGAUCAUGUGUAAAAUUAGUUGGUUUUUUUUUUUUUUUUUUUUUUUUUUUAAAUCAUGUCUUUUUGAAGUUUUUUUCUUGUACAUUAUUUGGUUUAAAACUCGUGGUUGAGUUGAUUUCUUGUCAAGUGUUAACAAUGGAAUUCGAUUUGGUGUUUAUGAAGCAAGUUUUGGGUUUGUUAAA